AUUUUUUUUGUUUUGUUUACAUAAACUAUUUUAAUAAAUAAAUGCAAUAUAUGAAAAGUAGAUUAAUUAUUUAUUCGGCAUCUAAAAUUAGUAUGUAUUUUAACAUUAAAUAACGUAGCAAUACAUCAUCAAUACUCUCCUUGCAAAAGAUAAUUUUUUGGCCUCAGGUAGAUAACUUAUUCUUCACUUGUUCCAAAAAAUACUUAAAAUCAUCCCUCUUUGAAGUGUUACCUAUAAGUGCACGUCCAAAUACUUACCAAUAUAGUGACAACACAAAUUUCAAUAUAUUUUUUUUCAUUUUUUAAUUAAGAAGAAAGUAAGUUGUAAGGUUUUAAAUUGCGGUUGCGGUCGCGGAUGCGGUUGCGGUCGUGAAUGAUGCGAAAGCAUUCAUUGCAGAUGCUGCAGCGCGCAAUGCAGCUGUUGCAGCGUGAAAUCAUUUUGAAAUUUCACAUGCUAAAUAAAACUACUAUGUAACUACACUAUUUAUCCAUCAUUGUAUAGUCUUAGUCUAUUUCAUAAACACUAAUUUGAAUGUUCUUAAAAUUCACGGUUGAGAAAUCAUUAAAAUUAAGAUUUUUCAUUAGAUUUGACACAAAUUAUGAUUUGAAGUUCAUAAAUUUUAUUUUUUGGUGAGAAAAUUUGAACGAACAUCGCCGAAAACACCGCAGCAAUUGCGGUUAUGAUGCGGUUAUGAUGCAGUUGUACACGUGAAUUAAGAUCACACCGCAAUUGCGGUGCGAUGCGGUUGCGAAGGCUACCGCAGCAAUUGCGGAUGCGGACUGCGAUUUAAAACUUUGGUAUGUUGCAUAAAAAAAAAUUAAGAAGAAAGUGUGAAUUUAGAAGUUUUGUAGGUUACAUAAAUAUUUUCUCCUAUUUUUUCUGAUCUAAUCAUUUGUUUUAUUAAUUAAUCCCCUUUCAUAUCAAAGUUACCAUUUCUACAUCUCUCUCUAACAUAUUUUCCCCGACGCUGUUCUUCCCUCGUUUCCAUCGCAACUUCAUACAAUGGCGAGAAGCGCCUCUCAAUCAUCCCAAUCGGCAUCAUCCGCCGCCACGACACGACCAGGUGUAAUGGCACCACGCGGCUCCGCUGCCGCUACAGCCGGAAUGCGUCGUCGUCGUCUCGGAGGUGGAAACACAACCAGCUCAAGCUCUGCCGGAGGAGGAUCCAGCGGCGGAAAUAACAUGCUUCGAUUCUACACCGACGAUGCACCUGGCUUGAAGAUUUCACCAACGGUUGUUCUCGUAAUGAGUCUCUGUUUCAUUGGAUUCGUCACCGCUCUUCAUGUUUUUGGUAAACUCUACCGUUAUCGAUCUGCCGCUGGUGCUGGCGCUUGAUUUGAUCUCGAUUUUGAAUCUGAUGUAACGAUUUUUGGAUCUGAAUAUGCUUAAUAUUCUGAAACAUGCAUUUUUUUUUUCUAUUUAAAAUUUAUGAGGUUAAUUUAUUUGUUUGUACAUUUUGUUUUGCUUAAUUAGGAUUUAUGUUUUUCUAUCUCUGAA